CCCCCAAUUGCGAGCGCUCGUCCCCGUCCGGUCUCCCCGUUGUCCCUGUCCUCCCGUCCGUCCAUCCAUCCGAGCAACUAGCAAGCUCCUCCCCCGAGUUAUUGCUCCUCUCUCUCUCCAGGACGCCUUCUCUCCUACUCCCGUCCACGACCACGACCACCGUGCGUAAAAAUCAAUCCCCAACAAUGCCAGUAGCCUUUGUCCUUACAUGGCCAGGACCAGGCGCAGCAGAAGACCUCGCUCUCCCUACUACCACUUCCUGCUGAGACAAGAACCAGAUCGCCGCUCCUCCUCCGGGCCCACCCACUAGCUAGCCAAUUCAUGGAUCACCGGAAGCAGCAGCGGAGCGGCGGCAGCGCGGCCAAGAACGGCGGCGGCAAGGGGAGCGGCAAGGCGGGGGGCGGGGGCAAGAAGCCGAUCAAGGUGGUGUACAUCUCCAACCCCAUGAGGGUCAAGACCAACGCCGCGGGCUUCCGCGCCCUCGUCCAGCAGCUCACCGGCCGCCACGCCGACCCCUCCAAGUACAGCGCCGACGACGAGUACGCUGCCGCGCAGGCGCAGCAGGAGCUCAGCCCCGAGGGGAGCGCGGUUGCCUCCACGCUGGACGCGGUUGCCCCCGGCCCCGCCGCCCCGCCGGAAUUCGCCGCGGGGGCGUACGGCGACGGCGACGGCGACGAGGAGGGGGAGGACGACGACAUCUUCGGCUCGCAGCUGCUGGACACGGACUACGCCAUCCUCUCGCCGCCGCCACUGCUCUUCGACUACCCGCACGGCAGCAUCAGCAAGGUGUAGUGACCAGUCACCCGAUCCUCCCAGCACGCUUGCAUGUUAGUUUGACGCGUGCCCCGACUUCUUAUUUGCAUGUCACAUGAUGAUCUCGCUGUAUUGCAUGUGUGUGUCACCAUAAUUUGUGCGUGAGAAUAUUAGCUAGCUCCAAUUUAAUCCCUCCAUCGAUCAGCCCUCCAUGAUCAGCCUCUGAAUUCCCCCCCGCGCGCGCAUGCCAUUAUACAUAUAUAUGUAUAUGUAUGUAUCUUGGGUCCCCGUCUUCUUCUAGCUUUCCCCUUCAGUUCUCUUUGUGUGGACAAGGAGGUUACUGAUCGACUCUAGUGAUGCAAUGUACGUCAUGUACAUGUGUGAAUAUGCCUAGAUGUUAAUUUGAACAACUUUUCUCAA